AUGCCCCCUAAGACGAAGCUACCUCCAAACUUCGGCAUAUAUGACGGGACUAGAGAUCCUGAAGAUCAUCUCCAUGCUCUCAAAGGUGCAGGACAACUGGGACGGUGGCCUAUGCCGGUUUGGUGCCACAUGUUUGUGCAAACUCUAACGGAGGAAGCCAGGCUCUCGUUUGACAGCCUUCCCCAAGGAGGAAUUGACAGCUAUGAAGAGCUAAGUGAGAAGUUUUUGAGGAACUUCGGUCAGCAAAAAAAAGUGAUCAAAAACCCAAACGAAAUCAUGCAUAUAAGGCAAAGGGACAAUGAACGGAUAGAUCAGUACAUGGAGAGGUUUGUCAAGGAAAGUAUGAACAUCAAAGAUGUCCCGGAGGUCAUGAAGAUCAGUAGCUUCAUCAACGGAUUGAAGCAUGCACAGCUGUGUGAAAAUCUGGGGGGGGGGGAGUUCCCACACUCAUUCGAUAAUCUCAUGGACAGGGUCAGGGCUUUCGUUAGGGGCAAAGACACGGUCAGCAAAGCUAAAGAAAUGGAUACCCCUCCCCGAAGGGUCAACCCAACUCCAAAACCUCCCGAAAAAGGUACACCUUACUCACGAAAACCAGCUCUUGAUAGAAUGUUGCAUGAUAGAACGAGACCUUCGUAUUCCCCAUAUAGGCCUCGGGGGAGAGGCUCAUUCCCCUACUCCGACAACUUCACCCCUCUCACCAAAACUCCAAGUGAAAUACUGGCCACUGAGAGGGUGAAGAAUUCCUUCCCAAGACCACCAUCCAUAAAACCAGGGCCAAAGGCACAACCGAACGAAUAUUGUGACUUCCAUAGGGGAUUCAGUCAUAAAACCGAUGAUUGUAUGUAUCUAAAGAGGGAAAUAGAGGCCGCAGUAAAAACGGGUAAACUGGCUCAUUUGGUUAAGGAAAUUAAAGAAGGAGGAGGGGACCGCAAAGGGAAAGAUGUGAGGGAGCCCGGAAGGGCAGAUGUAGACAUGAUUCGGAGAAGGGAUGAAUUUGAUACCACCAGGAGUGUAAAGGCCAGAAUCCUGGGCUCCCCAGACCGCAUGAAAGCUCCCAUCUUGAUGCCACACCUGGAGGAGAACGAGGUACAACGGCUCCCCCUCAACAUUUCAGCCAUAAUAGCUGGGCACAAGGUAGCCAGGAUACAUGUGGACGGGGGAAGCAGAGUAGAGGUGAUAUAUGAACACUGUUUCCUAAGAUUUGACAAGGAUGUGAGAGAUUAG